AUGGAUGCUGCAGAGACAGCGCUCGCAGAGAUGGGGGUCGUGGAUGCGAGCUGUGUGCUGGGUGUUGUGACGGAUAAUCCAUCCGUAAUGAAAGCCUUCCGGAGACUCUUCGUUGAGAAGCACACUUGGGUUAUUCCGCUUGCCUGCUGGGCGCAUGGACUCAAUACCCUUGUUGGCGAGAUUUGUCGGCACGCUCCCGCGAAGGCAGCCAUCAUGCGCGCCAAUCGCAUCGUUACAUUCUUCAAUAACUCGCACUAUUGGGGCGGUCAGCUCAAGAACACAGCGAAAGCAGAAAAAGUUACCCGUGGUCUCAAGAAAAACUGUGAGUCGCGGUGGUAUGCCCUGAUUCUCUUGGUUAUGAGCAUCUCCGCCCACCAAACACCGCUAAGCCUUCUCGUUGCACAUCCCAAUGCGCGAAGGCCUUCAGACGGCUACUCUGCGGUCAACGAGGAUGUCAUCGACAUUAUUCAGGACCGUGACUUCUGGCCAUGGAUUUCACGCGUUAUUCGUAUUGCGCAUCCAUUCGUUGAUGUGAUUGCUGUAUGUGAAAGCCGUCGCGCUAAUUUGGCGGACUGUAUGCUUAAUCUCCUUGGAGCAGCACGUCAGCUUUUGACCUUGGACAAGAAAGACGAUGAUACCAUAGAGUUCCGGACCUUCGAAAAGCACGCGCGUGCAGUCGUCAACAAGUGCUUUCGACAAAUGGCCACGCCCGUACACCGCUUGGCCCUCUUCCUCCACCCGCUCUGUCGCAAAAUGGCUGUUGUGGAAGAUACUCCGGGGUACACAUUGCGCGACUACAAGAAGACCACGCUGGAGAUUGCCGUGAAGUGGGGAUGGGAGGAUCGGGAGGCAGCGCUUCUUGCAAGCGAUAUCACGACAUAUGGUGCAUGCAAAGCUCCAUGGGAGGGUGGAGAUCGAGAUGCUGGUGGCUGGUGGGCCAGCCUCUCGAUUUCCGUGAAGAAGCAUCCGCUCAAAGCCUUUGCUUGUGCCAUUCUUUCGCUCACGCCUCACUCGGCAGAGAUUGAGCGCUUGUUCUCCGCCUGCAACGGUAUCCAGUCCCCCAAACGCAAUAGCCUUGCUGUCGAAACGUUUUCCAAACUCGCCAAGGUCCGCAGCAGUCUUGUUGAGGAGGCAAAACGGCGAGCUCCACUCCGAAAGAAGCCCGCGACAGAAACGGCUGCUCCGCCUCCAGCGGCCACUGCAUCAGGGUCAGCAUUGGCAACCCGUGUCACAACGGAUAACUCCACACCUCUGGAGCGAGAUGAAGUCCUGACCAGGUGGCAGGCACCGCUCGAGGGACCUGAUCCAGAAGAGGACUCGAUUUCCGGAGUUGAGGCAGUCUUCAAACAUCUGGAGGCCACAUUGGCGUUGGAGUCAGUCUCAGUCAGAGGCAGAAGAAGACAGCGCACCUCAGGACAAUUCGGACGACAAGCUGCCUGA